GCGGCGUCCCUCCGUAAGACAAGCGGUUCGAUAAUAGCUAGUUUUAGGGCAUCAUCAUAGGAACAGUUAGAGUAUAUUAUGGCCAGUGCUCGUUCCUCGACCCUUUCAAGAUCGUCGCUAAGAUUUUGAGGAAGGUUGGCGAAAACGACAGAAGCAUAUUCCAAUGCUGAUCUUAUAAUUGCACAUAGGAUGUCUGUUGGGGCUACCCCACUCCUCUUAAGCUUCCUCAACGCAUAUAAACGCCUAUUGGAUUUCUUAAUAAUGUAUUCACAAUGUACAGACCAUGUUAAAUCACUGGUAACAUACACCCCGAGCAGUUUAAAUGAUGAAACAGAUUCCACGCGUGUUGCACCAAUGAUGAUAGGUUGCAAAACACUAGUAUUGAAAUGAAUAAAGUUAACAAUCAUGUCUUUACACUUGGCAGGAUUAAGCUUCAUAUUGUUCACUUCAGCAAACGAGUAUAUAUCUGCCACGAUAUGAUUCAUCAAGGAAGGGGAAUUUCUAGGUACAAUUUCCAAAGCGGUAAGAUCAUCAACGAACUUAGCACGGUGGCCCCACGCAGACAAAAGUUCAUUCACCAUUACGUCAAAGAAGAUCGGGCCAAGCUUAGUACCUUGUGGAAUACCACCAUUGAUAUAUUGAAGUGUAGAUGCAUCCGACCCAAUACGAACGAACUGAGACCUUUUAUAUAAAAAGGCAGCGAUCCAUCCUAACACAACGUUAUGAGUGCCAAGUUUAGAUAGUUUAUCAAGUAGAAUCUUGUGGUCAAUCAGAUCGAAUCCCUUGCGGAAAUCAGCAAAGAAAAAUUGAAGGGUGCAACCACCCUUGUCAAGGGCCUCGAGGGCUAGAUGAGAAUAUACUAUAGCCUGUUGCGUAGAUUUUCCAGCCAUAGCAAAUUGUUUGUUAUCCAAGUGACUUAUAAUGGAUGGCAGGGUUCUCGCUAAGGUGAGACUUUCCAUCACUUUAGCAAUUUCGCAAGUGAGUGAGAUGGGUCUGAUACCAUUUUCAUUGGAGCCCGGUGGAGAUUGUUUGGGAAGAGGUGUAACAAUUGCUCUCUUUAAUAGAGGAGGCAAAUAGGCAUCACGUAAGGAUGAGUUAUAAAUAUCAGCGAUUACUGGAGCUAACUCAAAGGCAAACGUUUUUAGAAUUACAUUCGGGAUUCCAUCCGGUCCCGGGGCUUUCCCAGUCUUUAAAGAACAAAGGGAUUUAUAAACUUCGCCAGUUGAAGCCAAGAGAUCAUCCGCAAUACCAGAAUCACCAGCAGAAUAGUUAGAAUCAUCGUCCUGUGAGAGAGGCGUAAAAUCUUUUGCGAGAUUUACAAAGAAAUGAUUGAUUCUUUCGCAUAACGUAUUAACGGAAUUUACAGUUUCACCAUGAAUGAGGUGCUCAAACCAUUGGUUAUUUCUGUCAGCCAUACCAGAAAGAUUUUUAACCUCUCUCCACCAUUUGCUUGCGUCCGUGACUUUUAGGUUUCUAACUUUAGACUUAUAAUACGAUUCCUUACAUUCUUUGAUGGAUUGAGCAACUUUAUUUCUCCAAAAUUUGAAGGAAGAGGACUCCUUCCCAUAUUUUGCCAUACAUGUUUGCCUUUUCCUAAUUAAGGAUUUUAUCUUGCUUGUCAUCCAAGGCUUGUCGGAGCGGCAUUUACUUACUGCCUUCAUAGGUAAAUAUUUUUCAACAGCUCCUAAAAGAGUACGAUGGAAACAUUCAAAUUUAUCUUGACACGAACCUUUCGAGAUCACCUCUUGCCAUGAAAACGAGGUUAUCCACUGGCCAAAUUCUCGAAUUCGACUAUCACGGGUGUCUCGUCUAAAGAUAGUCUCUUUGGGCGGUGGUUUUGCUCGAGGCAAUUUCUGCCUGACAACAAAGCAGUAAUGGUCGCUGGAGCCAAUUUUGGGUAAUUUCUCGGGUACAGACAAAAUUUUAGGUUUAUUUGUUACAUACUGGUUUGUUCAAUCAAUGCAUGAUCAAAUUUCGGUUCAUCCCAAGAGGAAAUGCAAUUUAUAUUUCCCCCAAAAAAUCGAUCGAUGUUUUCGCUGUAAAUUUUGGCAAAUAUUCCUUGAAAUAUUAUAGCCAAAUCAACAAAGUUUUUUCAACCAGUGCACAUAUUGUAUAUUUCUAUUUCGUUUUAAAAUAACUAAAUACUACGAAAAGAUACAUAGAACAUUGUACUAAUUAAUACAGUUCGUAUUUUAACCUUUAGACUACAGUUAAGUACAACAUUCCUGUCCCUGAUGAAGUUCCAGCAUUUGAAGUGUCCGUUUCCGUGCAUCGUCGUGACGCAACUGACGAAGAAGAAAUCACGGCAUGUUAUCCAUUGAAGUUGAAGAUUAACGCAAGGCAAGUACUUAAAUAAUCACUGUCAACCACGAUGAAUUUCGCGCUAUGUGAAUGUUUACAAAUAUGGGAAGCAAAAAUAGUGUUGUCUUCGAAUAUAGUCGUACACUAAAAAUAAUAUGCAUUAGCUUUAUUAUAUACAAAAACACUUUAAUACAUUUACUCGCUGGUGUUUUGAUGAAAUCUUAAUUCCUGCCUACGUUCACGCAGUUCGUUGAUGUUUUGAUGAAGCAGGAUUUCGGCGAACUUGCUACGCGAAAGCCCCCGUAUUCAAUGGCUUUCUUUCCUUUCCGGCCAAAGGACAGUUGUUCAAGUAUCGUUGAACUUGUCAACGAUAUUAUUUUUGAUAUACCUUAACUUGUUGCCCGUUGUUGACUUUCCACGAGCGGGAAAUACAGAAGCCAUGAUUAGCCACUACUUUAUAAAAUAUAAAAUGAUAAAACUGUCUAUAAUCCGUUGAUUAAGAUAAAUACACACGCCAAAAUAUCAAUCAAUGAUUUAUUAACAUAUUCCAACAAUAGAAAAUAUGACAUUGACUAUGAAUAAUGCAGAUUGAUAAGGAUACGUUUCGGAUAUCGAUAUUUCAUCAAUAAACUCGCCAACAAAAUGGCGGAAUAAAAAACAAUGAAAACAUUUUAGCGCGCAAUGCAUCUUGGUUGUCUGUGAUUUUUUAAUUGGAGACAUGCACUAAUUGGGACUGAUUCGACCACCAUGAUAGCCGAUUUUGAUUAAUUCUCAUUCGUUGUUUAGCUGGCUUAAAGAAGAUGCUUCGAACAUGGCUAUAGUGGACGUAAAGCUUGUUUCUGGAUUUUCAGUAAAUGAAAACGUUCUAAAAGAAGUAGGUUCUGGAUUAUUGCAAUGAAGAAGUGUCACAUGCACAUUUAAAUGUGGCAUGCAUGCAUGCGUGCACACUUUUUAUCACGUACUAUUAUUGACGACUCACCCAGUCAUUAUACUGUGAGGGAACGCAAAGAGAUACAUAUAUAGCGCAUGUGAUAAUAAAUAGUUUUAUAACACCUUGGAAAGCUCCCUCUAUUAAGGAUUGGAAAUUUCUAUUCACGAUUCUAUAUACACGAAACAUUGUGGACCAUUUUUCUCCGUUCGUUUGUUUCUUUCUUGCUGGUUAGGCAUAUGUUCUUAAAAUUUUCUGAUUUUCUAGAAAUUGAAACGAUCUGAAACACUGGUUGAAUUCUCUGCUGUAAGUAGAGAAAGUGAAGCGUUGUUAAAGCGGUAUGAAAUUGAGGAACAAAAUGUCAUUCUUUAUUUUGACGAGGUAAAUAUUUAACAAUUAGACAGUGAGAAAACAGCAAGCGAAGUUUUGAUAAUUAUAUAGUGUAUAUGAGAACCAAACAACACUUUAAAAUAAAACUAAACUUAAGAUGUUCUUUACAAUCUGUAAAAAAAGGUCUUCCAAAAAAAAAUAUAAAAAAGUUAUUAAAAAUUUCAGAGGACUGUUAUGCGUUGAAAUUGUCAUAACGUCAGCAACGUACAACAGGGAAUUGGACUCGAUUAAUUAACGUCAAAUUAAUUUUAUCAGAAUAAUAGGGAAUAAUUUGUACUAAAAAUAAUUCAAACCCCUACUAAAUUUACACAGUACCGACGUACAUGUACGUCACUCAAACGAUAUCGAAAAUAUUACUUAUUAAAAUAACAUUAUCUUGUUCUAAUGGUUUUAAUCGGCCAUACAAAUAAAACCCCACUGAUUGACAUUUUAAAUAUAACGAUAUUUAACCAUGCGUAAACAUUAUUUCGUGCGUGAAUGAUGUCAAUUAUAUUUCAUAUAUGUUUAAAAUUCUCGAUUAAAUGGAAAAUAAGACACUUUUCCGGAACCUUCUUGUUGGAGAAUUGAGUGGAUUGGCGAAAACUAAAAAUCGGCGGUGGAUGAGAAAUAUUUUCCUUUAAUAUUUAAUAUUCCGACCUUUGGAAUUCGUACCCCAACUUAGAAAUCAUUAAAAACCAAAUGAUUUUUGAGACGUUCUCUGGUUGAAAAUUAUUUAUUCACGAGCUUUCGGCUGCCAGACUGGAGCCUUCAACGGAUAGUAAUAAAAUACAGUAAGUACAGACGACUAUACGGUUUACAAUUACAGAUCCAGACAUCGCCUACGCUGCGCAUACGGUUAACAAAUUGACUGACUUUGCAAAUAGGCUAUCCAACAUCAACAUUGAAGACGAUGAAAUUAUGAUUUCUUUUGAUGAUGUUCCUCUGUUUACUGCUAUCCCUGUCGAGAAAACAUGCGAACACAUUCGCAACAAACUACUGAAUGAUGCUACCUUACAACAACGAACAAACCUAACUAUUGACGAUAUUAUUAAGUUUAUACGUUUCAAACUGUUCAACAGCUUUUUAAUUUUUUUUAAUUACGACAGGCACUCCUACAAACAAAUCCAUGGUUGUGCUAUGGGCAGUCAUGUAAGCCCUAUUGUGGCAAACCUCUGUUUAGAGGUUAUUGAAGAACUCGCUCUGUCUCAAGCAAUUGUACCACCUAAGAAAUGGUUUCGGUAUGUUGAUGAUGUUUUCUCGAUCAUCAAAAACAUGCAUUAGAUUCCUUUUAUAAUUUACUGAACUCCAUUGACACAGACAUAAAUUUUUCUACAGAACAUGAACAAGACGGACGACUUUCAUUCUUAGACAUUUUAGUUUCUCGAAAUAACGGGACGCUCAUCACUAAUGUCUGCCGUAAGCCUACGUACACUGACAAGUACUUAGAUUUCCAUUCGCAUCACGAUAAACAACAUAAAAUUAGCACAGCACAAAUUCUCCUACACCGGGCAGUAACACUUCCUAACUCGAUCGAAGGCAAACAACAAGAAUGUGAGGAUGUUAUUAGAGCGUUGACGGCUAAUGGGAACUCAAAAAAGUUCCUGACAGAAGUGGAAAGGAAACGUGCUUUGAGACAACAGAAAACACCAUUACCUGAAGAACUUGUUCGAGAGUUUUUUGAAAGAGUUGAUCCCAGUACAAAAGUUUGUUACGCGGUUUUACCAUACAUCAAAGGCCUAACAGAACCUCUCAAACGCCUCCUCAAGUCUUAUAACAUCCAAACAAAAGCGAAACCUAUACACACAUUUGAACAAAUGCUCCCUUCACAGAAACACAGACCACCAUCCGAAGAACAAACAAAUGUAAUCUAUCGAAUAAAUUGCGCCGAUUGUUCGUGGAGCUACAUUGGUGAGACGGGUCGAGCGUUUAUCACACGAAAAAAAGAACUGGUGAAGAAUGUCGAAGAACACAAAGCGGGUUCAAAUGUUGCGAAUCAUGCCUGGUCUUAUGACCAUAAAGUUGAUUUUGACAAAUAAUUGACAAGGCAAACUACCGCCACAGAGCUACAUUGGAAUCUUGGCACACCGCGCUCUCAGCUAACGCAGACAAUAAUUCCAAUCAUUUACCGGAACAAUACCGUUUUUUAUUAGAGAAAUAGAACACUUAUUAUCAGAGUAUAUAUAGGCGGAACUAUCACUUUCAGUUAUUUGAUUGUCACUGUAAUUUGUUAACCGUAGGCGUAGAGUAAGCAUAUGUCUCGAUCUGUAUAUGUAAACCGUAUAGUCGUCUGUAAUCACUGUAUUUUAUAACUACCCGUUGAAGGCUGCAGUGUGGUAGCCAAAAGCUCGUAAAUAACAAUUUUCAACCAGAGAACAUCUCAAAAAUAAUUAUGUUCAAUCCUGGUCGCACUUCAAGCAUAUUUAAUCGUUAAAAACCUGUCAAUUGGGGACGGGCGGGGGCAGACAGGAUUGAAUAUCUUUCUAAUUUUUGUUUUAAAAAUUCAUAUUCGCUGUACUUCAAAACCCGGUAUUCAUUACUCGUUGUCCCUCUUCCACCUCCGAUGAAAACUACCUCCCUCACUCACUUGGAAAUUAUAUAUUGCAGUUAUUGCAGUUAUGCAUGUAUUGCAAGCAGUUUCUUCUACAUGUUUCAGCUACAAAGCGAAACAGAUUUUGACUCUUAACUCUAAACAACCACGCCAACCCGCAAGAUAUGAAACGGAAGAAAAAACUUUUAAUUUUCUGAAGAAAAUAUAACAUUAUUUAGCAGGUUCGGGCCGAUUUAGAGACUUCGGGUACAGGGACAUUGACCAAAAUAAAGUUUUAAUUUAUCUUUCCAGAUUAAAAAGAUGAGUUUCUCCCUGGAUAUUAUUCAGACUACAUUGGUAAAGAAAACAAAGCCAGGCGUUGUACGAGUUUAUGAUUAUUAUGAUCCAGGUCAGGAUAUAAUUUUUACACUGCUUUCCUUUUGAUCACUGAACCGACAUCAAGCGGCAAAUCGUUCAACUUCCAAAGAAAAAAAAUAUUUCAUAAAUCUCAAUGUAUUUGGGUGUGUCCUAACCAACGCCAAAUCCUAUAAUUUUAUCAAUUACGAUUAAAUGUGAAUGUUGCCAAAUGUGCUUUAAAUCAAGUACUAAUUACGCUAACCUAAUUGCUUAUUAGUCUAGACUGUUUCAUCUUUACAACAAUUAUCAUGUUACUUUCUUAGCUGCAUGUCAGUGUACAUUUAACCUUACCUACCCUGUCAACUUUUCGUGUAGGAGAAACCGUUGUAAUCGGAUGAACCUGCGACCUUCGGCAGAACGUUGACUAACUCUUUUCACAUUCAAUCGUACGUAGAGAGAUUCAGGCUAACCUAAGGGUUAAGAGUGUAGACAUCAUGAAGAUCAUGGAAAAAUUUCGCUUACGUACAGAGCAUAUAAAACAUAGUUGGAAAACGGGAAAUUUCCUGUGUUUCCAUUGUACACUUACAGCAACACGCGACGUGACCAAUCAGCGCUCGUGUGUUGUAACGUAAUGUGUAAUGUUGUAUUCACUUUUGCAAAAAGCCUAAACCCUCCACAAAUGACCCUCUAAAACUAAAACCCUCUACAAAUGAACCUUCUUAGCGCUUGGAUAAACGAACCCGUCUCCAGUGUUUAUUGAGUGUUGUCCAUUGAACAAUCCUGCUACCAUUGUAUCUCGUGGUUUGAAGAAAGUUAGAAUAGUAAGUUGGUAUGUGCUGUAUUGAAGCUUCGUCUUUUAUAUUUAUGAAACUCAACUGAAUAUUAAUUUAUGAGUUGCGUUGACUUGGUCUAAUAAACCGUUCGAUAGACUGGCUUAUAUCGGGGAGUUUUCGUUUUGGAAACGAAAUUAGCUGGCGGCGAAAUGUUACGACAAUGUUUGUUGUUUUACUUUGUCCUAACUUUGGCUGAUUCUGUGGUUGCAUUGGACGUUUUUAUCGGGGCAAGUUUCUUGACCAUCAUCGAAGAACAAACUGAUCAUAGUUUGCACAACAAUAAUUACACGAUUGGCGGUCAUGGCUUAUUGUCUUCCUGGUCAUGCAAUGUUGAAAACAACAUUGUUUGUUUAUGCUAUACGGGCACUUUACAUCUUACAUUCCUGAGACAAUCGAAGAAUAGGAGGCAUGGGCGCCCGUGUGUUUAUCAUAAUAACACUACAGCAACAUUUCGUACUCUACUUAUUGGUGAUCUAGUCUUUAAACUAAAUCCUGGUCCUACUCGCAGCAAAAUUUCACCCAUUGCAUCCGUGCGUCAUAGCUAUAGGCCUUUCAGGCCAAGCAAUCGUCACGCCUUUCGUCGCGUAACACUAAUAAUUUAAUCACUGUGAAUUGUUCUAAUUACCUGAAUGUACAUUACCAAUCAUUAAAAUUCUGUGUAUUAAAAGCUCGUUCAGUAAGAAAUAAGACCGCUGACAUUUUGGACUACAUCUGUGAAUGCAAGCUGGAUGUUGUUGGUAUAACCGAGUCCUGGCUGUGCUCUGAUGACGCAGCUGUCCGAACAGAAUUAUGUCCUGAUCGCUACAAAUUUCUGGAUCACCCACGCGACGGGCUGCGCGGUAGCGGGACUGGUCUAAUAUACCGAGACUCGUUGUGUGCAAAAAAGUUAGAUGCAGGAAUAAAACGUUCGUUUGAAUUUUCUGAAUGGUCUGUUACAACAUCCGGUCACAAACUCCGCAUCGUUGUGCUUUAUCGCCCACCGUACUCUAGUGAGCAUAACGUACCGAUGAGCGUCUUUUUCAAUGAAUUUUCGAACUAUCUAGAGUCUCUUCUGUUGUCUAAGGAGCCUCUUUUGAUCUCUGGUGAUUUCAACAUACACAUUGAUGAUGCUGCAGAUGCCGAUUCUUUUAAAUUUCAGGAUCUGCUUGAGUCGGUUGGUCUCCGGCAACAUGUUACCCAGGCCACACAUACCCAUGCCCAUACCCUUGAUCUUAUAAUCACACGUUACUCUGAUCAGAUCAUAAUGAAUCAACCGUAUGUAGACCGUUUUAUUUCUGUCCAUGCUUCUGUUAUAUGCGAUCUAUUACCAGCCAAACCAGUUAUGUCAAUCAAAAGAGUUAGUUACAGGAAAUUAAAAUGUGUGAACAUGACCUGUCUAAACCAAGAUCUGGCUGCUACAGCAUUAUGUGCGACCUGUCGUGGUGAACCAACAAAUCUGCUGCCAGAUGACGUGGAUGCGCUGGCACGUCAUUACAACGAAACUCUGUCGAGCCUAACCAACUGUCAUGCACCAUUAAAGACCAAAAGUGUAAGAGCGAGGGCAUCGGCGCCCUAGUACGGUGAAAUCGAUGCUGCAAAACGACUUCGCAGAAAGGCCGAAAGAAUUUGGCGCAAGAGCAAAUUAUUGUCUGACUUUAAUCAGUUUAAGGUUAAACGAAAUCGAGUGACAUACCUUAUGAAUGAAGCGAGGAGAACGUUUUGCACUAACUUCAUAAAAGAAAAUAGUGACAACCAAGGAAAACUGUUUAGAGCCGCAAAUAAGUUGUUCGUAGCGAAGGACGAGCUGUGUUUUCCGAAUUAUCACAACAAUACGGCCCUGGCUACAGAUAUUGGCGAAUUCUUUGUGCGAAAGAUCUCAAGAAUACGGUCUGACAUUGCUGCUAUGGUCAUUGACUUCUCUGUAAGUGAUUUAGUGCCAGAUGAUCGGGUAGUGAAUAAAGACAUAGCAUUGAAUUCUUUUCGGUGUUUAACGGAAAAUGAAGUCCAAGAUCUUAUCCAGGCGUCAACAAAAAAGUCAUGUGCGCUAGAUCCUAUGUCUACGUCUUUGGUUAUCCGUUUAACCCCAUUACGUCCUGUGAUUACACAUAUCAUCAACUCCUUACUGCUCACUGGCCAUUUCCCUGACAAAUGGAAGGAAGCACUUGUCAAACCUCUUAUUAAGAAAAAGGGGCUCGAUGCUUCGUUCACCAACCUUCAACCCAUCAGCAACUUAUAUUAUGUUUCUAAGUUGACCGAAAGGGCAGUCUAUGACCAAACCUACCACCAUAAUAUGACUCACGAACUUUUCCCUCUACUCCAAUCUGCAUAUAGAAAGGGUCACAGUACAGAGACAGCGCUUCUGAGAGUACAGAAUGAUAUUUUAAUGAACAUGGAUCGACAACAGGUGACUCUUCUUGUGCUCCUUGAUCUCAGCGCGGCUUUUGACACCGUGGAUCAUGGAAUUCUUUUGCAUCGUAUGGAAACCUCUUUUGGUAUAACUGGUACUGUUCUGGAGUGGUUUAGAUCGUAUCUUACAAACAGGUCUCAACGUGUUGUGUUUGGUGAGGGACAGUCGAAAAGUUUUCAGCUUCCAUAUGGCGUGCCACAGGGUUCCUGCCUAGGCCCCUUGUUGUUUACUGUUUACUCUAGUAAGCUGUUUGACAUAAUUAAGAAAUAUAUACCAACAGUACACGCAUUUGCGGAUGAUACACAGCUUUACUUGUCAUUUCAACCAAACAGCAGAACAA